AUGUCGAUAUCGGCAGUUGCCUCGCUGAGGCCGGUUCGAGGCCAAUGUCUCCGCCAUGCCACCACCGGCUUGCUCUCCGUCCAGGUCAAAUCACCAGCUGCGACUGUCCACCUGCGAGCUGUUGUAGCUCUGCGACCCGAGCAAAAACGACACCAAUCGACCUCUCAAACGCCUCAGGACAAAGAUUCAGCACCGGGGAAGCCCCAAAUUACGUUUCGCCAGUUCGCGGGCCGUGCGCUGGGGGUCAGUCUGCGGAAUCUCGUGGUUGCGCUGAGUCCUCGAGGCAUCCGACAGUCGUAUCGCGAGAGUCCAGGUGUAACCACGCUGAAUGUUCUUCUCCUCUUGUUCACCUUUGUCUUCUCAGCGGUUGCCAUCCGAGCAUACAUCAACACUUUCUACAACUCGCAGUUUAGCAGGUAUCCGGAACCUGUCGCAAACACUCUACGCCGCGCCAUCUACUAUACCAACAUCAAGCCAGACCCCGAGCUUGCGCUGAGAUACUACAAGAAGGCGAUGGAGCAGUGUGCUGAGGUUGGCCUAGACCCUUUCUCUGACGAAGUGCUGGGCAUCAGGAUACAGGUAGCUUUCUGGCUUGAGAAGAUCAACAGCCACAAGGCGGCCAUUGACGUUCUCGAAUCUGUUCUUGGAGACUGCAGGAAAUGGAUUGACGUCAUGGAACAAUCUGUCAAGGACGGCAAGGUAGAUAACGAGGGGCGAUAUGUUGGCGAUGCACAAAAGGCUGCUGCAGUGGAAGCAGCUUCUGAUGGCAAGACCAGCAAAGCAGAUAACGCCGCCACUCCGGCAGAGCCAAGUGAAACCCUGUGGCACAAGCGAGAGAGAUUGCUUUCCAAGGCCAUCUCAACAAGUGUUAAGCUUGGUGAACUAUAUGCAGAUGAGCAUGUGCUCAACCCGGACAAGUCCCAUACCCAUCUGGUCUGGGCGGUUGAGACUUCGCUCAAGGAAUUCCGCAGACGAAAAAUCGAGGGACCCAAGCCCGGUGAAGAAAAGUGGCUCAGCCCCGAAGAACUCGGCGGAUCGAUGGAGUCGCUUGGUCGAGACUACGAGCGCCGCUCCCAGUUCCAGCUUGCCAUUCCCCUAUUCUUCCAGGCGCUCCGGCUAUGUGAAAGCCCAUGUCAUCGAGCAGUCAUCAUGAACAACUUGGCGGCGGCAUUUGCUCAGCAGCCCUUGUACGCCGCAGGCACAAUGGAGCCAUCCGAGGGCUUGAAAGAGCUCCUUGAUGCCUCCAUGCCCACGACUCGCAAGGAAUGUCUCGAGGCAGGCCUCAACUGGGCGCAGAACGCAUACGUUCAUGCCAAGGAUGUUACAGGCGACGAUCGGACACCGGAGUGUGAUGAAGCCUGCGCUGUUGCGCUUUGCAAUUGGGGCGAUGUCGCAGCCAUGCUAGGCAAGACAGAGCUGGCGAAGAAAAAGUACGAGCAGUGCAUUGAGAUGAGCAACACGAUGCAGUUUCCUGAGGGGGUGAAGCAGGCUCAGCAGGGCCUUGCAAGGUUAAUGUCUGGAUCUCUAGUAAAGGCAUGA